GCCAUCUACUGGGUUUGACAGGAUCAUCAUUUUAUUCUGAAUGUUUUGGAUGGGCCUGAUGCCUUUUUUCAACUGUAAAAACUGUUUAAUUUUAUCACCUGUUUGAAGUUGAAUCUGUUUUGAAUUUCUCACUAUCUCAUUUCUUGAGUUUGAGUGCUUAAAAAUAUGGCUGAAGGUGACAGGCCAUCAUCAUCUGCUGGUAACCGGCGACGGACUGGUUUAAAACAAUCUCUGAGUGUUGAUAAUGCGUGCAUAUUUGAAAUGGAAGGACUCGACUUUGAAGGUGAUUUUAACAAUUUCAAUUCGGCUAGUAAGUCAAGUCACAGGACAAGAGAUGACAAUGAAUUAACUAGUGAUUCAAGUGGCAGAAAUGGUGACAACAACGAUAACAACAAUAAUAGAAAAAGAAAUAAUGUUGAAUAUAAUGAUACUGACGAGGAUGAGGAAGAUAAGAACAAUGAAGACGAUGAUGAUGAAGAUAAUUGUGAUCAGAGGGAUGUUAGAAAUAUGUUCGACAGAAUGAGCCUGGACUCUAAGUGUACUAGACAGUUUGCUACCUCUUUACCUAUUCAAGUGCCUAUUUGGAAAACAUCUCCCCUUGUCCAAGAGUCUGACGAUGGUGAUGACGAACAAAAUAUUAACUUUGACAAGGAUCCAAUGAAAAUUGCAGAAAGCUUACGUGCAUUGGCAUGGAGUGUCAAAGAUGGCACGGAAAUGUUCGGUGAUCUUCCCCGUCAUCGUCUCAAACCAAGGCCUAUCUAAUGAAUCGCUAAAUUCCUGCGAUUUGUUUAUAUAAAUUUCUUUUUUCACCUUUUCUCUGUUCCUCUUUGCAUCCCCUGCUUUUGUUUUUUCUCUCUUUCCAUCGCUUUUUUGCCUUCAAUCUCAUAUUGUAAUACUGUCAUACAAUAAAAGUAAACAACAAUCAUCUUCUUCUUUCUUUCUCUUCUUUAAAUUCCUUAUCCUCAUUUGAGUAUUUUUUAUUGAUUUUCCAGUUUUGGAUUUGGAAUUGUUGCUUCUAAUCGUGUUUUAAAGUACCGUUGUAAGCACAAAAUGUACAAGUAAAUAAACAAAUAAAGAAACCAAAUUGUAAA